AUGAACGUCGACGAGCACCACCUGCCGGUCGGCGGCCAGCAUUACAGCGGCCGAAACCGCAUCCCUAACGUCCAUGAGUUCAUGGCACAGCUCGACAAGGAGAAGCGCGAACGUGAUGCCGAACUCGACGCAGAGGACAAGAAACUCAGAGAGGAACAACGCCAGAACAGACACAAUGCCAAGGCGCAGGGACAUGAGCCGUCGCCGCAAGACACCAAGGCCCAUCAACCCCAGAAGGACCAUCGCUGGCGUAAGAGGAAGACGAAGACGGUGCGAGAUCCCGUCACCGGAAAGGAUGUUGAGAUUGAAGAUGCAAAUGAAGACUUCAAAGAGGUCGUAGACAAUCCUCAGAUCUCGAUUCCCAACGAAAACCUCGGGAAGCAGGCCACCGUCGCCACGUCCUCGAAGCAGUCCGGCGAGGAGUACAGACAAGCUCAGGAUGUCACCGCACCGCCCGACCCAGUCGAGCCUGGAAGCACCACCGACGUGCCAAUUCACAGCGAAAAGACCAACGUCAACUUCUUCAAGACUCCCAGCGUGAGCUACGAGCCCAUGUUCGAGUCCCUGGAACAACGAGCAAACGUCCUCUGCGCCGGCAUUUUCUUCGGCAUCGUCAUCGUUGGCAAGUUCUUCGGCGGCGCUCUGUAUGGACUUGUACCUCUCGCCUUCUGCGUUGCAUCUGGCGUUUUCCUCUGGGUCAAGGACCUUAUCACACAGGGCAGAAACACAGAAUGGUCCAGCGAGCAGGAGCGCGGCGAGACUGCCACCGUCAACCUGGUGCCUGAGUCCGUUGAGUGGAUGAACACCGCCAUCGGAAUCAUGUGGAACUUGAUCAACCCCGAAAUGUUCGCCGGAGUUGCCGACACGCUCGAGGAUGUCAUGGUAGCAUCUGUUCCUGGCAUCAUUGAGAACGUCCGCGUAGCCGACAUCUCCCAGGGUAGCAACCCGCUGAGAAUUCUCAGCCUGCGGGCUCUACCGGACUCUCACGUCCAAGAUAUCAAGGACGAGGCUCACAAGCAGAACCAAAAGAACACCGACCCGAACGAGCUGGCUGCCAUGGAGCAGGCUGGUUCCUUCUACAACCUGGAGGCAUCAGUUGCGUACCAUGCGAAGCCCUCUGGAGCUGACAUUUCCUCCAAGGCACGCAACAUGGGAAUGCAACUGGUUUUCUACCUGGGUGUCCGGGGUCUCUUCGGAGUGCCUCUCCCGAUCUGGGUCGAACUUCAGGGUCUUGUCGCUACAGCCCGUAUCCGCCUUCAGCUUACCCCCGACCCGCCGUUUCUGAAGACCCUGACCUUUACUCUGAUGGGAAUUCCCAAGGUCCAGGCUGGCUGUACCCCAAUGAUCGAGAAGGGUGUGAACAUUCUGAACUUGCCCUUGAUUUCAAAUUUCGUCAACUGGGCCAUCGGCGCCGCAGCCUCUAUGUACGUUGCUCCCAAGAGCAUGACCCUAGACUUGAGCAAGAUGCUUCAAGGUGAUGACAUCAAGAAGGAGACUCUUGCACUCGGUCUUCUUUACAUUCGCAUUCACAAGGCAGUUGGCCUCAGCAAACAGGACCGUCGCGGCAGCGAGGGCGGUGGAUCUGAUCCAUACAUCACCGUGGCUUGGAGCAAGUUCUCAAAGCCUCAGUUCUGCACUCGUGUCAUUCAAGACGAUCUCAACCCUGUCUUUGAGGAGUCCUGCGGUCUCUUGGUCACUGCCGAUUUGAUCAAGGCGGACGAGCAACUUUCCGUUGAACUGUGGGAUAGCGAUCGCUCAUCCGCGGACGAUGUCGUCGGAAAAGUUGAGCUGAGCAUCCAAAAGCUCAUUCAGCACCCCGGCAAGAUGUUCCCUCAGGUUUCGAAGCUCGCCGGUGUCAAGGCAGAUACCACAAUGCCCGGAGAACUUCACUGGGAAGUCGGAUUCUUCGGAAAGACUCAGUUCCGCAAGGCUCUUAGGACUGACGGUAAGGACGUCAAUCUGCCUCCUGAACUGAAGGACAAGAAGGAACUUCAGGACGAGAAGGGUACCAUCGAGAAUGCUGAAGAAGACGCUGUCGUCCACACUCCUCCCGACCCGCUUUGGCCUUCUGGUAUUCUCAGCAUCGUUGUUCACCAGAUUGUUGGACUCGAGCUGGCCAACGUCAAGGGUUCCAAUGGAAAGCGCAAGGGACGCGAGUUCGAGCCCGCCCGCCUCGAUGCUGGCGACGUCAAGGAAGAGCAAGGUAGCAGGUUGCCCAGUUCCUACUGCACUAUCCUCGUCAACGACGAACUCGUUUACAAGACACGUACGAAGGCUGUAUCAUCGCAGCCGAUCUUCAACGCCGGUACUGAGAAGUUUAUUCGCGACUGGAGAUCUUGCAUCACGACCGUCACCGUCCGUGAUUCUCGCAACAGACAGCAUGAUCCCAUCAUUGGGGUUGUUCCUCUCAAGCUUUCCGACAUCCUGCAAACAGGAAGCGAGGCUACCCGUUGGUAUCCAUUGGAUGGUGGCAUCGGCUACGGAAGAAUCCGUAUCUCUAUCCUCUUCAGAUCAGUUGAGUUGCGGCUGCCGCCUCCUCAACUAGGCUGGGAUGUUGGAACCUUCGAGUUCACUUCCCAGAGUAUGACCGCUGCCGGUUACGGACACUUGAAGACCAAGAUUCGUCUCCGCACCGGCGGAAGUUCCGUAAGCGUUAAGAGGGAAACUUGUCAGAAGAUGGACGGCGACGAUGGAUUCUACUGGGAUAUAAGCGGCGAGAACAACCACGAGAAGAUCCGUCUGCCCGUUCGUUACCGUUACCGGUCCCCGGUUUUCUUCGAGUUCUACCCUCCUGGCAAACGUCAUGCCGAUGCUUACGCAUCUCUGUGGCUGCAAUCGCUUCCGGACCAUGACGAGCAGGAUUUCGAUAUCCCGAUUUGGAAGUGUGACCGAGGUGUCCGGCUAUCGCAGAACUACAUUACUGAGGACAACUUCAAGGAUAUCCCCGACAUCAAGAUUGAGGAGAUCGGCCGUCUCAAGUUCCGCGGAAGGUUCUCAACUGGAACUGACCGCGAUCACGUCAAGUUCGUCACUAGCAACGACUCAAGAGAGACGAUCGAGACUUGGGAGGCUUGUUUCGCAGAAGGUGUGCGCGGUGAGGAGGUCAGACCCGAGGUCCCUCCUGCCGUGCAGAAGCUUCACGACGAGUCUCUGACCCACGGUCGUGACGUUUUGGCGCAGGCCAACCCCAAGGAGAAGGAGAAGUGGAUGGCCAAGGACGGCACGGAUUGGAGUGGAGCGUUUGGAAAAGACCCGACGGAAAACAUGGAUGGCAAGGGUGUCGACCUGAACGACGAGGAACGUGACGAGUUCGACUCCGACGACGGCGGCGACGACAGCAGCGAGCCCGAUCUUGGUCUCACGGAUGCCAGCACCAAUCAGGGAAGCGACGCUCGACAGUCUGUUGACAGCGCCAACAGCGCCAACAGUGAGACACCAAGCAUUUCUAAGAAGAACGGCAAUGGCCCGGUUCAGGCGUACAAAGACUACCAGAGCAGGAGCAGAGACCUCCAUCGCCAGCACAGAGGCCUGAUGCAGUGGCGCCCGAUGCGCAACAUCCAGUUUGCUAAAGACGAAGCCAAGUACGCGGUGCGGAAGAUCACCAAGCUUGGUGCUUUGAAUGGUCGCAAGCCGGAUGUUGAAACUGAGGUGUAA